AUGAGCGACAUCACUCACCCCACCAUUAAGGAUGGCUGGUUCUCCGAGCAGUCUGACAUGUGGCCCGGCCAGGCCAUGAACCUCAAGGUUAACCAGAUCCUCCACCAUGAGAAGUCCAAGUACCAGGAUGUCCUCGUUUUCGAGAGCAGCGACUACGGCACCGUCCUCGUCCUCGACAAUGUCAUCCAGUGCACUGAGCGCGAUGAGUUCUCCUACCAGGAGAUGAUCACCCACCUCGCCAUGAACUCCCACCCCAACCCCAAGAAGGUCCUUGUCAUCGGUGGUGGUGACGGUGGUGUCCUCCGUGAGGUCGUCAAGCACGAGACCGUCGAGGAGGCCACCCUGUGCGACAUUGACGAGGCUGUCAUCCGUGUCUCCAAGAAGUACCUUCCUGGCAUGAGCAUUGGCUUCCAGCACCCCAACGUCAAGGUCCACGUUGGCGAUGGUUUCCAGUUCCUCAAGGAGCGCCAGAACGAGUUCGAUGUUAUCAUCACUGACAGCUCUGACCCCGAGGGUCCCGCUGAGAGCCUCUUCCAGAAGCCUUACUUCGAGCUUCUGCGCGAUGCGCUCCGUGAGGGAGGUGUCAUCACCACACAAGCCGAGAACCAAUGGCUGCACCUGUCUCUGAUCACCGACCUCAAGAAGUCCUGCAAGGAGGUCUUCCCCGUCGCCGAAUACGCCUACACCACCAUCCCCACCUACCCCUCCGGCCAGAUCGGCUUCAUGGUCUGCUGCAAGGAUGCCACCCGUAACGUCAAGGAGCCCGUUCGCAGCUGGACCCGCGAGGAGGAGGAGAAGCUCUGCCGCUACUACAACCAGGACAUCCACCGCGCCAGCUUCGUUCUCCCCAACUUCGCCCGCAAGGCUCUGGACGCUUAG